AUGGAAUGCAUCCCAGUUCUCGCAAAACGUGAACAAAUUGCUGAAGACAUUUUGACAAAUAAACAACUGGCAUGUUUUUCCUAUAAUAUUGCAUAUUAUGAUCGAACGCGUAAUGUUAACAGGGAAGCACUCAAUAGAAUAAAAAAAGAGCUUAAGAAUGAAAACAAAGUUUGGGUAAAUAUCGGAAAUUUCUUUAUUAAGAUGGAGAAAGAAAGCGUAAAGAAUUAUAUUGAGGAAGACCAGCAGAAUCUUGAAAGAGAAAUUUCGAACUUGAGAGAAUCUGUUAAACGAAAAACUGCCGAAUUAGAGAAAUUAGAGACUGGUGAAAAUAAAAAGAUGAAGGGAUUUGAUUUGCGGGGAAUUAGUUCAGAUGAAUUAUAUAAAAUUACAGAGAAAAAAAAUUAG